CGCUGAGACGCGGGGCGAUCGGGGUGGGCAGCCCGCAAGCGCGUGCUUGUGGGGCGGGGCCGCCUACGCGCGUGCGCAGAAAGGCCAGCGCGGUCCAGCGGAGAGCUGGAGGGAGCGGUGCGGUGCUGGUGCCGAGGUGUGAGAGAUGACUGACUGGUUGACAGAAAGUCCCCAAGGACGGGGCUGCAAGAUUUAGCUACUCUUAGUUCCCUUCCUGGCAGCCUGGAACCUGCCUCCCAGGCACCUCAGGCGCCAUGGACUCCCCAGGGUACAACUGCUUUGUGGACAGGGACAAGAUGGACGCGUCCAUCCAGGACCUGGGGCCAAAGGAACUGAACUGCACCGAGCUUCAGGAGUUGAAGCAACUGGCACGCCAGGGCUACUGGGCUCAGAGCCACGCCCUGCGGGGGAAAGUGUACCAGCGCCUGAUCCGGGACAUCCCCUGCCGCACGGUCACACCUGAUGCCAGUGUGUACAGCGACAUCGUGGGCAAGAUUGUGGGCAAGCACAGCAGUAGUAGCCUGCCCUUGCCCGAGUUUGUGGACAACACUCAGGUGCCCACCUACUGCCUGAACACGCGGGGUGAGGGGGCUGUGCGCAAGAUUCUGCUGUGUAUUGCCAAUCAGUUCCCCGACAUCUCCUUCUGCCCUGCCCUGCCGGCCGUGGUGGCCCUGCUGCUGCACUACAGCAUCGACGAGGCCGAGUGCUUCGAAAAGGCUUGCCGCAUCCUGGCCUGCAACGACCCCAGCAAGAAGCUCAUUGACCAGAGCUUCCUGGCCUUCGAGUCCUCCUGCAUGACGUUUGGGGACCUGGUGAACAAGUACUGCCAGGCAGCCCACAAACUGAUGGUGGCUGUGUCAGAGGAUGUCCUGCAGGUCUACUCUGACUGGCAGCGGUGGCUGUUUGGGGAGCUGCCCCUCAACUACUUUGCCCGUGUCUUUGAUGUCUUCCUUGUAGAAGGCUACAAGGUAUUAUAUCGAGUCGCUCUGGCCAUCCUCAAGUUCUUCCACAAGGUGAGAGCAGGCCAGCCCCUCGAAUCAGACAACGUAAAGCAAGACAUCCGCGUGUUUGUCAAGGACAUUGCCAAGACGGUGUCCCCUGAGAAGCUACUAGAGAAGGCCUUUGCCAUCCGCCUGUUUUCCCGCAAGGAGAUCCAGCUCUUGCAAAUGGCCAAUGAGAAAGCACUAAAGCAGAAGGGCAUUACUGUCAAGCAGAAGAGUGUCUCACUUUCUAAAAGGCAGUUUGUGCACUUGGCUGUUCAUGCAGAAAACUUCCGCUCAGAGAUUGUCAGCGUGAAGGAGAUGAGAGACAUUUGGUCCUGGAUCCCUGAGCGUUUUGCCCUCUGCCAACCCCUCCUGCUCUUCUCCUCUCUGCAGCAUGGGUACAGCUUAACCAGGUUCUAUUUCCAGUGUGAAGGACACGAGCCCACCCUCCUGCUCAUCAAGACCACGCAAAAGGAGGUUUGUGGCGCUUACCUGUCAACAGAUUGGAGCGAAAGAAAUAAGUUUGGAGGCAAACUGGGCUUCUUCGGAACAGGAGAAUGCUUUGUUUUUAGGCUGCAGCCAGAGGUGCAGCGUUACGAGUGGGUGGUCAUCAAGCACCCAGAGUUGACCAGGCCAACAUCCUUCAAGUCCUCAGAGACUGCAGCUGCUCCUUCCUUCCUCAGCCACUCUGUCUCUUCAGACCCUGCUGAUCGGCUGUCUCCUUUCCUGGCUGCCCGGCACUUCAACCUGCCCUCCAAGACAGAGUCCAUGUUCAUGGCUGGGGGCAACGACUGCCUCAUCAUUGGGGGAGGAGGUGGCCAAGCACUCUACAUCGACGGGGACCUGAACCGAGGCCGCACUGGACACUGCGACACUUUCAACAACCAGCCCCUCUGCUCUGAGAACUUCCUUAUCUCUGCUGUGGAGGCUUGGGGCUUCCAAGACCCUGACACCCAGUGAUGGGUCUGCGCUGGUGGUGACUGAGCCUCGUUGUGGGGUGACGGGGUGGAGGCCAAGCUACCUCUUGAGGGAGCAGGGCAUGAGUGAAACAACACCCCCAUGAAGCAGGCAGGCUUGCUGUGCGGUGGGGACGUCCUGCUUGGACUUGUUAGGCUAGGACCCCUGCACCCUACUGUUUCUGAGCUCAAGGGGCUAUUGUGCCCCCAGCCCUGUCCAGUGUCUGCCCUCACCCAGGGUCCUGGGUUGCAUGGAGGUGUCCAGUACCCAAGAUUGCCAGGGCUACAUUGCUCUGCCUCUGGUCCUCGGCCCCUGUAGGGAAAAGGACAAAUGAAUCUUGCCAAAUGUGGGUCUCUGGUGCCCCCUGCUGGUCCUCUGGCCCCCUGCGCUCCCCUGAGCUAUGUUUGCUGCUGCAGGACAGGAUAGGGGAGGGCAGGAUGUGUGCAGAGCUCUGCGGCCCCUCCUGUCCUAGAAGGGACAAACUCGGGAAAGCUGUCUUGUCUUUGUGUUUCUGCAAAGCCUGAAGCUCUUGCUGCAUCUCACUGCAAGUCCACACCUGAAGGUGGUCUCUGGAGAGACUUUCCUUGACCAGCGUGGCCAGUCAGCUCCAUUUCCAGGGUUCUCCUCAGAGCUGACUGGACUCUCAGGCUUUUUGCCCACCUUCUGUCCAUCCUUGUAGCCUCCUUGGACUCCUGUAGUCUUGGUGACUCUGUUCCUUUCCUCGUCGCUGUAAUGACUGAAGCCCAGGAUCACCCGAAUCCUAGCAUGGCAUGCUUGUCUCAGUCCAGCCUUCUGCCUUCCCAGGCCUGUGGUUCCCUAGACCUGUUCAUACAGCAUCUGAUAAAGCAGUGUGACUUCUGAUCUCUGCUGUCACUAUGGCUAGCCACAUGUCAUGUUUUCUGUGUGCUACCCUUCUCCCGUUAUGGCCUUCCAGUCUCUGGAUGUCUGUACUUCUUGAGCCCUGUACUGACCUGGCACCACAGAUGCCAAGGAAAGUGCUGCCUCUGAGGACUGUAGCAAGCUCCAUUUCCCCGUGACCUUCCGCCCACCCUGUGACCUCCCUCAGCUGGUCCUGAGGGUCUAGGCUCCACAGAGGAAGAGAGAAGAAGUUAACCCAAAUGGCUGGCUGGGGCCGCAGAAGUCUGGAUCAUAAGAACAGUUGCCUGGUUCCCACAUGACUGCGUCUGGCGUGCCUGGGUCAGUGUGUAUCACACCUGUGCUUGCCUCCACACUGAUAUCACACUUGCUGUGAGGGCUUCAUCCGCCCCUGCCCCAUCUAGUCAUAUCAGCUCUCAGCACGGCCACAGUGGCACAAGAGGCAGGGCAGGGAGGAGUUCCCUGAAGUUUUGGGCCACCUGGUAAACCCGCAUAGAACUUGGACUCUGUGCAGUGAACAGUUCUCCUGACAUGCUGGCCUCUACGACAGGUUGACCUGACUCUAGAGGGAAGGAGUCCUGGGAGGAGCUGUUGUUGCUCACUCUGCAAAGUGGUAGCCUGUGCCGCCAUUCCUCUGAGCCUGCUGUCCUAGACCUGCACCUCCAACUUCAGUGUUCCUUUAAGGCCAUCUUGAUUUUUGUGACUGUUGUUUCUGGCAAGAUCUUACUAGGUAGCCUAUUUGGUCUGGAACUCACUAUGUAGCCCAGGCUACCCUGGAAAUGGCUAUGUAGCCUAGGUUGGCCUCAAAAUCAUGACCUGCCUCAGCCUCCUAAGUGUCAGGUUUGUAGGCAUUAAGCCCUUUCCUGUUGCAUUAAUUCCUCGACGUUGAGCUUGGUCUCCAGCCAGAAGGCCCUAGGACAUUCCUAGGCUGUGCCGUCAUGAUGCUCACCCAUGCAUUGCCCCUGGGACUCGGGAGACUUUCAGAAGCAGGUUAAGUUAACUGAGCAGUGUGUGCAGGGCUCUGUAAGAUUCCUGACUGGGUAGUAGAUUCUUGUUUUGUGUGGCCCCACUGGACUUCCUGGGGUCCAGUGCAAGAAGACUGGUCAGUGCUUAGUCACAAUUGCAUCAUAAGCAAAGUUCUUAGCUUUUACCCACAACAUUCUCAGUUUUUUAAAUUUAAUAUCUCCUUUUUCCUGACCUUUCUGCCAAAAGAUGUGUCAUUUUCUUUGUAUUUUUAUUCUUAUCACUCUUUAUCUGAUGCUAAGUGUUUCCACUUAGUAUUUAAUAAUGUUUUCUAUUAUUUAUUAGCUUUUGAUGUAAAAAAAAGCUAGAAUUUGAUGGCAUUGAAUAAGGAAUUUUAUCAUCACUUAAACAUUUGUUUUUAAAACAAAUAGUGAACUUAAUAUAAAUUAGUUCAUUAAAGUAACUUUGUUACUGUAAACCACGUGCCUUUGGGGCCUCAGAAAAUCAGUCUGUACUCUGAUUAUGACAAGAGCCAGUUUCAUGCAGCUCAGACUAGCCGUAGACGAAGCUUUUCCUGAACUCUUCCGUGUGCUUCUGCACCCCAUAUAAUUGGCUCACAGGUGUGUGCCACUAUGCUUGGUGACAACUCACUUUAAAAAUAUUUCAUGAGACAGCAGUGGCUGUUCGCAUUUUAAGAAUUUCUCUUCUAAUGAACUAAAUUACUGCUUUAGUUUUUCCUGUUUUUGUGAGCUGCCACAUGGGUGCUGGGACUGAGCCAGGUCUUCUGCAGGAGCAGCCAGUGCUCUAACCGCUGAGCCCCAUAGUUUUUCUUAUUUUUGUAAACUGCUUGCUUUUAUUUUUUUCCACUUUUUUAGAGCAGUUUGUUUUCGAGCAUUCUGGAUUUCAGAUUUUCAGGUUUCUCUUAUUCAUUUCCUGAGUCUGCAAAGCUUUUCUGGUCUCCUUAAGUAUUUUAUAUUUAAUAAUUUAGGUUUUGUACUCCUUUUUUAAAGAUGCUGAGGAGCGAAUCUAGGACCCUGUACCUACAGUUUACAUCAGAAUUGCUGAGGUGGAAGUUUUUGAAGAUCCUCAUCCAAUUAUCCACUGUAAAUAUCAAAAGAAUUGGCCAAGCGACACACCUUUAAUUCGAGCACUCAGAAGGUCAAGGCAGGUAGAUCUAUGUGAGCUUGAGCCCAGCCUGUUCUAUGCUGCAAGUCCCAGACCAGCCAAGGCUAAAUAAUGAGACCUUGUUUUAAAAAGCUGUGGGGAGAGGGGUGGUUUGGAAAGAAGGUUCAGCGGUUAGAGCACUGGCUCUAACCAGGUUCAAUUCCCAGCAGCCACGUGGCAGCUCACAGCUGUCUGUAACUCCAGUUCCCAAGGAUCCAGACCCUUUUCUGGCCUCUGUGGGCACUGUAUCGAUAUAGUUCAUAGACAUAUAUAUAUACACAAAACACUCAUAAACCAGAAAGUGGCUUGGGCACAGCCCCUGACUAAACCACAGCCUUGUCUUUCCGCUCAGCAGGAAUACAUGCAGUGCUUACGGACACCUGCUUUCUCACGCCCUCACGAAAUCUAGACCACUGUCAGACUCAAAAGACUGUUAGGGUUUUAGAUUGGCUUUGUUUGUUUGCUUUGCUUUUGUUUUGUAAGCCACCAUUUAGGUUGUAGUUCUCUAUAGCAGCUACUCCAGAGUAGCUCCUCCAUGGCUUCCUCGGGUUUAUGUGCAGUUAUUAUAUCGAGCAUGAAUGCCAAGCAGGCCUUCAAGUUUUUUUCCCACCGUAUCUACAUCCGGCCAGAGAGCAUAUGAAGUUAAAAGAUAAUUUUGGUAUUAAGAUUCUUACCUGGGGGCUAGAGACAUGGCUCAGAGGUCUUGAGUUCAAUUCCCAGCAACCACAUGGUGGCUCACAACCAUCAGUAAUGAGAUCUGGUGCCCUCUUCUGGCCUGAAGGCAUACAUGCAGGAAGAACCCUGUAUGCAUAAUUAAUAAAUAAGUCUUUUUUUAAAAAAAGAUUCUUACCCAGGCCUGGUGUGUGUUUAAAACCCCAUCAUGUGGAAGUGGAAGCAGAAAGAUGAGGUCAUCCUUAGCUACAUACUGAGCUCAAGGCUGGCUUUGGCUACAAUGUCUUAAAAAGAGAAAAGAAAAAAAAGGACCUUUUUAUGACGUCCCUCAUUCCCUCAACUUCUGAUUGUGCUGUUGGCAUUAGGUGCAGUGUCAUGUACAUUACUACAGACAAUGAUUGUGUGCAGGCUCAGUCCCUUUCUUGAGCUGCAUGGAAUUUGUCAGCAUUGUAUUUAGGACGAAAAAGGCAGUGCGUGGAUACAUGGACACACUGACCUGUGACAUGGCAAGAACCAAACCACCAAAACACUUCCAUGUAGACUCGUAUCUCCUGGUGUGCCGCUUGGCUGCUCUCAGCUGCUCUCUGGCCCUGCCUUCCUACACGAAGAGACCAGAACACCUCUGCUGUGCAUUAGACAUGAAGAGCUGGGCAGAGUGGUACAUGCCUUUAGUCCCAGCGCUCAGGAGACAGAGGCAGCUAGAUCUCUGAGUCUGAGGUCAGCCAGGGCUACACAGAGAGAACCUGUCUUGGGGUCGGGGAGCACUGUUGCUCUUCCAGAGAACCCAGGUUUGUUUCCCAACACCCAAACUGCGGUUCACAGCUGCCCAUUUCUCCAGUUCAAGGGGAUCUUCCACCCUCUCUUGGCCUCUGGGCACUGCGUGCAAGCAGUGCACAGACACACAUGCAGGCAAAAUCAUACAAAUAAGAUAAAAAUAAAGCUUAAAGUUUGUAAGCUGAAGACUGGAGGGGAAGACAGUCUAUAACUUUACCUUUUAGAUCUUGUGAUGGGCUUUGACAGGUUAGGCGUCAUGGUUCACACCUGUAAUCUCAGCACUCCGGAGGCUGCGGCAGGAAGAUGGCAGGAUGAAGCUAAUUUCAUGCCGGCCUAACUUACAUAGUGAGACCUUAUCUUAAAAUAAAAAACUAAAUCCAGUGUGGUUCCCGGCUGACCCUGCGGAGCAUCCGAGUGAGUGUACCAAACAUACUCCCGCUUACAGAGCAAAAGUGUGGAUUUGAGCAAAAUGCAAUUUUGUAAUGUGAAAAUAAGUGAUUUUGUGAUGUUUGGAUAUUGUUGAUGUGAGUCCUAAAUAAAAUUAAUAACU